UAUGCGUACAUCAUACUAUGAUAUAAAUGUAAAUGUUCUACCACUACCACUACUACUACUACUACUACUACGAUGCUGCAUAAUAAGUUGUUGCAACAACGGUAAUAUAGCAAGUGUCAGAGCCGGUGUUGGCAAUACCAACACGACCAUUCCUAUCCUCGGCGCUGCCACGCCGAACGUCCUUAAUGCGUUCACUGCCAACAAUUUAAACAGCCUUAGUUGCCUACGUUAUAUAGCCAACAAUACAGUCGGCAACAGAAACAGUCAAUUAACGUCAAUAAUUGAGAAUUUAUCCCAUAAUAACCAACACGGUUGCAAUAGUAGCAGUGGUGUAGGUGGUGGCAAUAGCAAUUGUAACGGCAGCAAUAGUAGUUGCUCAUUGGCUUCUGUUUCUACUUCGUCUUCCGCUGUGUCAGCUGCUACAGCGGCUUCGGUGGCUGCAUUGAUUUCAUCCUCGUCACUAUCAACGUUAACCAAAACGUCUGGCGCAACUACGUUAACAUUAUUACCUUCGUAUAAACCAUAUCCGUCAAUAAACUCUGCAUAUUGGCUGCCAUCAACGAAUCCUUCCCCGUAUUCGGUGCCAGGCCUUUUUCACCUGUUCAUACUCGGAUAUCUAAAAGGAAAAAAAAAAAAAAAAAAAAACAAAUUGCAAAGAACAGGCAAAAAAACCGUUCAUCUUCUUAAUUCGGCCAGUUAUUCUUUUGAAGUGCUUCUCCCCUUCCUCUUUAUCGCUCACUGAAAUUUCAUCGUUCGUUUUGCGUUGUUCAGUACCCGCGCGUGAUUGAUAGUUAAGUAAAUGUAUUUGCUUUGCUGAUAAAAUUUCUGUUCAUUAUUCACAUCGUUCUUAUUCUCGCUGAUGAUGACGACAAUGAAGGCAUCUUUAGCCGUUGAAAAUGCCACUUUAUAAAAACGUUACAUGUUCAUGUGUAUACUGUUUGAUGGAUGCAUAACGCGUAAAUGAAAAUACCUGAAAACUUUACUCACAUGCAAGCAUCAGCAACUGAAUAAAGUUCAUACGAUACAUGCAUGAGAGCUAACUAAAAAUGGUGAUGUUUUUCGUAACUUGAAAAA